GGAAAUAUUAAUUCUGAUGACGUUCAGAUCGACCGACGUCGCCGUAGCUCCCGGCCUCCUGGCGGACGUAAAGAGAUUCCUGAAAAAACAGAAGAUAGACUUCGAGAUCCUGAUACCCGACCUGCAGAGAACCAUCGCCAGGCAGAACCCGAAGAUGUCGAAGGAGCAACGCGUGGACCUCGUGACCUCCCAGGGACACCCCAUGACAUGGAAGAGAUACCAUAGAUAUGGAGAAAUAUCGAAAUACCUCAACUUCCUGGCCUUGCGGUACCCACACCUCGUAGAGCUCGUUACGAUUGGCCGUUCUUACGAGGGGCAGGAAAUUAAGUUAGCAAGGGUGUCCAGUGGAGCCAACGAAAACGGACGGAAGAAACCGGCAAUUUGGAUCGAUGCUGGAAUGCACGCGAGGGAAUGGAUCGGAUCAGCCGUGGCGACCUACAUCCUUAGACAACUGGUGGAGAAAAACGCAACGCAUGCGAGGUUCUUGAAGUCAACCGAUUGGAUAAUUCUGCCAGUCGCGAAUCCUGAUGGCUACGAGUUCAGCCACACCGGCGAUCGGCUUUGGAGGAAGACGAGGAGUACCCGUGACGAUGACGAAGAAGAAGUGGCUAGGUACACACCUUCUGGCCUCUUUCACAUGGUCUCUCGUUACACCAGGUGGUUCUGGACGAAGUGCGAGGGCGUCGACCCGAACCGGAAUUUCGGAUACCAGUGGGGAGUAGAAACAGCGAGUGGUGCCAGUUCGGAUCCUUGUCACGAGACGUAUGCUGGUCCAGAAGCCUUCUCGGAACCGGAAACCAGAGCCAUCGCAGACUAUAUAAUGGCCAAUCGUCGAGAUAUAAGGGUUUACCUCACUCUGCAUUCCUACUCACAGAUGUGGCUAGUCCCGUGGAGUUAUACUCGUGCUAAGCCUUCGGACUACUCCGAGCUGGUCAACGUGGCCAAGAAGGCUGCUGAUGCCACAGCCAAGAUUCAUGGAACUCGGUACAAAGUAGGCUCAUCCUCGGAGCUGUUGCAUCCUAUUUCUGGAGCAUCGGACGAUUGGGCCAAAGCCAUUGCUGGCAUUAAAUACUCCUACACCAUGGAACUCAGGGAUCGAGGGACUUAUGGUUUCCUUUUGCCAGCUUCGCAAAUCGUGCCUACAGCCCGCGAAGCCUGGGCUGGCAUUCGAGCGAUUGCUCGUUUGGUCGCGAGCAAUACUUGAGAUUUCUAGAAGUCGGAUUGGAUUCCUCCCUCAACUCGGAAUCCUGGGUUAAAAAAGCUGUUUUGCCAAAGGACUGGAAACUAUCGGCUCCCUCAGUCGAGGACUUUAGAUAUCUUGAAAUAGGGCAUAUAAUGCACACUGGACAGAACGACGGAAAAGUUGGUCGAAACCUUAAAGAUAAAACUCAUAUUUUGGAGUUAUUGAGGUAUCAGGUUCGAAUUAAAAGAAUCGUUAAGUUGAAGUUAAAAACAUUUAUGCCUUCCUUACUAUAACGGCCUGUUCACACAACGCGAUUGGAAUCGCUUAGAAUAGAAAAAGAAUACACGCUCCCUAUGAAUUCCUUACACUGCACUCAAAUAAAAACUAACAUUAGCAUAGAAACAUGAACCAUGCUUAAUCGUCUUAAGAUCGUUUAUACAUGA